UCUCCCUAUCCCCCACUCCCCAACCUCCCAACCAAGAAAGAGAAAACCCCAACCCAUUCGAUCCCGUCCAUGGAGGAGGCCGAGCCCAAGAACGGCGAGAUCCCCAACCAUUCGAUCGAUGAAACACGCGAUUCCCCAGUAGAAGUCAAAGGAAACGACGUCGAAUCGAUGUCGGAGUCCAAGGAAAGCGAGAUCGAAUCGACGUUGGAGACCAAAGAAGUCGAGAUCCAAUCGACGUUGGAGGCCGAGGAAGGCGAGAUGGAACCGACGUCGGAUGUCAUGAAAGGCGAGAUCGAGGCGGAAGGAGUCGAGAAGGAACUCUCUCCAUCUGUGGAAGCUGAGGCUUCGAACGGCAACGGGAUUCGCACGUUAACGAUGCGAGAGCUUCUGGACGAACUCAAGGAAGAAGAAAAGGGGCCCACUGGGGGGAAGGACGAGAGAUCUUGGUCAGCGGAUCCGACCAGAGACGACGGUAGCAAUGCUCAGAGGAGUAGCCAUGCUGAGAGUUCCUCUUUUAGCCAGAAUGACGUUUCAAUGGAUUUAAUUAAUAAAGUAACUGGAGUGGAUGAGGAAGGUCGUUCUCGCCAACGGAUUCUUUUAUAUGCAGCUAAAAAAUAUGUUAGUGCAAUACAGAGAAAUCCAGAAGAUCAUGAUGCACUUUACAAUUGGGCAUUGGUUCUCCAGGAGAGUGCUGACAAUGUUGGUCCAGAUUCUGUUUCUUCUAAAGAUGCCUUACUUGAGGAGGCUUGCAAAAAGUAUGAGGAAGCCACACGACUUUGUCCUAUGCUCUACGAUGCAUAUUAUAACUGGGCUAUUGCGAUAUCUGAUCGUGCUAAAAUGCGUGGACGUACCAAGGAGGCUGAAGAAUUAUGGAAACAGGCAACAAAGAAAUAUGAGAAAGCUGUUCAGCUUAACUGGAACAGCCCACAGGCCCUUAAUAACUGGGGACUUGCUCUGCAGGAACUUGGUGCGAUUGUUCCAGUGCGGGAGAAGCAAACUAUCAUAAGAACAGCUAUAAGUAAGUUCCGUGCGGCAAUCCAACUACAGUUUGAUUUCCAUCGAGCAAUUUACAAUCUUGGGACAGUGUUGUAUGGCUUAGCUGAGGACACUUUCAGAUCUGGCAGACCUGUCAGUGCAAAAGAAGUCCCUCCUGAUGAGCUUUAUAGCCAAUCAGCUAUAUAUAUUGCAGCUGCUCAUGCUUUGAAACCGAAUUACUCGGUUUAUCACAGUGCCUUGAGACUGGUUCGUUCAAUGCUUCCUUUACCCUACUUCAAAGUGGGUUAUUUGACAGCGCAACCUGCACAUAUUCCAAUUGCACCUCAUAGAGAUUGGCAAAGGUCCCAGUUUAUUUUAAAUCAUGAGGGACUUCAACAGGUCAGUAGUGCUGAGAAGAAUCUGUCACAAAGUCCUUCUGGAAGGUCACAAGGAUCUCCCCAAAUUGACAAAUCACUAGUUAAAGUUGAUGUCUGUGACAUUGUUUCUGUCUCAGCCUGUGCGGACCUUACUCUACCACAAGGUGCUGGCCUCUGCAUUGACACAAUUCAUGGUCCAGUUUACUUGGUUGCUGACACAUGGGACUCUUUGUACGGAUGGCAGGAUGCAAUCUGCCUAGUCUACACUAUUUUUGCCAGAGGAAAGAGUGAUGUUCUUGCUGGCAUCAUAACUGGUUGAUUGUCCAUUUUGCGACAAUUGCAUAUUAGAAGAAUACGGACUCUGUUCACUAUCAGAUUACUGGUGCAUGAAUUAUCAUACUUUUUCGAUCAAGUUCCUUAGACUGUUUGGUGUUUCAAUUUUUCACUGGUAGUAACUGUCAUUCAUGGUGGUAGCCUUGUAAUGCUUUCUAAUCUGUGCCAUAGAUUCAGAAACUUAAAAGUGUGUUUAAAUAUUAGGAUAAAUAUCCGUCAGGCUUUUUGGCAGUAGAAUAUUCUUACAGCAGUUUAAUUA